UAAACACGUUUUGUUAUUCAUACAUUCCAAUCUCUUAACACACACACUUCCUUUGUAUGUCCUCAGGAGUCAACACAGCCAAUCAUGUGCUCGUACAAAGUUGUGAAAGUUUUUUUUGAGGUGUGGGGACUACAGACUCGUGUUGAGGCUGGCGUUCAUAGAGCUGUUAGAGAUAUCAUCUUGAAAGGGCACAAGCAAGCUUUCCUAUGGAUAGAUGAGUGGCAUGGACUAACAAUGGAGGAUAUAAGAGAGUAUGAGAGAAAGGUACAUGAGGAGACCAAUAGGAUGGUGCUUUCAAAUGGAACAGGAGCUGUAGCUGAUGGAGCUACUCCUUAACAUCAAAAGGACUCACUUACAAUUAAUAAUUAUUGUUUUAUUGACACCAUACUGAUAAAAAAUAAUUAUUUUCUUGUUAUUAUACAUCACUCGCUUGUUAUCUCUUCUUUACUGUUGUAAAGUUUUAAUUAUUAUUAUAAUAGAAAUACCACAAUUAAUAAUAAUAAUAAUAA